AUGCGAGAAAUAGAGGCAUAUGGACCUAUGGCCUGUAUAUUUCAAGAAUUUCGAAUUGAGGAGGACUCUGUGAUGUUUGUAAUAAAUCUAACAGUUCUCCUUGACUGUCUCACAAUAUUUAGUGCAAGUUCCCUGCCAGGAGUGACAACAGCCCUGAGGAUGUGUUAUCGUGGAUACGGAUAUCCAUUGACACUGUUUCUGGAGGAGAGUGGUGUGGUAACUGUCUGUAAGAUUCAGACUCAGGAACCAGAGGAAACUCUUGACUUUGACUUCUGUAGCACAAAUGUUGUAAAUAAAAUAAUUCUGCAAUCAGAGAGCCUUCGGGAGGCUUUUGCUGAGCUCGAUAUGAGCAGUGAGGUGCUACAGAUCACAAUGUCUCCAGAAAAACCCAAUUUCAGGUACUGAAUUAACUUCAAACUCAAAUAGGCCUUAACAAAGGCGCGUCAUAAUCUGUGUCUGACAUUCUUCAACGUUCUAACUUUUACAUUUUGCUCAGGAGGAAGCUUUUCAGCCCUCACUACAAGAAGUAGAAAUAGGAGUAGGCUGUUCAGCCCCUCAAGACUGCUAUGCCAUUCCUUAGGAUAAUGGCUAAUUCAGCAUUUCUCAUAUCCAUCUUCCUGCCAU